GUCACGCGGGGCAGAGGGCACCCGCGGGGCCACCGGAGCCAUGGACGGAGCCAUGGACGGACGCACGGACAGCUCGUGGCUGGGAGCCCCCCUGGAGCAGUUGCCCACGCCGGCGCUGAUCCUGGACCGGGCCACGCUGCGCGGGAACGCCGAGAGGAUGCGGGAGCGCUGCCGGGCGCUGGGGCUGCGCCUGCGCCCCCACGUCAAAACACACAAAACCCUGGAAGGGGCGGAGCUGGCCACGGGCGGCUCCCGCCGGGGCAUCGUGGUGUCCACGCUGGCCGAGGCGCGCUUCUUCGCGGCCGGGGGCUUCGAUGACAUCCUCUACGCCUUCCCGGUGCCGCGCUGGCGCCUGGCCGAGUGCUCGGCGCUGGCCCAGCGCCUGCAGGAGUUCCAGGUGCUCCUGGACAGCCCCCAGGGGCUGGAGAUGCUGCUCCAGAACCCCCUUCCCGGCGGGAAGCGCUGGCUGGUCUGGCUCAAGCUGGACUGCGGGAAUGGCCGGGCCGGGAUUCGUCCCGCGGAUCCCGGGGCGCUGGCUCUGGCUCGGGCCAUCGCCCAGGGCUCCCCGGAGCUGGUGACGCUGGUGGGGGUCUACGCCCACUGCGGGAACACCUACGCCUGUCGCGACAUCCCGGCCAUCCAGGCCAUCGCCAGGGGCACCACGGCCGCCGUGCUGGAAUUCGUCACCGCGCUGCGGCAGGCGGGGAUCCCGUGUCCCCAGGCCACCAUCGGCUCCACCCCGUCCUGCAGCCACCCGGUGCCGGAGAUGUCGCAGCUCACCGAGGUGCACCCGGGCAAUUACCUCUUCUACGACCUGCAGCAGACCCAGCUGGGCUCGUGCCGGCCCGAGGAGGUGGCGAUCCGCGUCCUCACCAGGGUCAUCGGCCACUACCCCCACCGCGGGCAGCUGCUCGUGGACUGCGGCUGGGCCGCCCUGAGCCUGCACGGCCGCCACCAGGGACCCCCGGGCUGUGCCGCCAUCGAGGGCCACCCCCAGCUCAGGCUGGUGGGGCUGACCCAGGAGCACGGGCAGGUGGAGGCCGUGGGCGGGCAGCUGGAUUUCGGGCAAUUCCCGCUGGGAAGCACCUUGGCGCUCAUCCCGUUCCACGCCUGUGCCACGGCCGCCAUGCACCCCGUGUACUUCGUGCACGCUGCCGGCAAGGUGGUGGAGCUCUGGCGCCCCGUGCGCGGCUGGUAGGGAGGAGAGAGAGGAGAGCCCGCGGGGGGAUGCACCCGCAGGCAGACCCUGCACCCAGCCGGGCUCCCGGCACCCGCCCUGGGCCGAGGCUCUGCACCCACAGCGAGACCCUGCACCCGCUCCGAGUCACUCUGUGCACCCACGCUGGGGUCCCGCACCCACACCAGAGCCCCGCACCCUCUGCCAGGUCCUGCACCCGCUCCUGCACCCGCUCCCACGCCCUGCACCCGCUCCUGCACCCAAUCCCACACACUGCACCCGCUCCUGCACCCACUCCCACACUCUGCACCCACUCCUGCACCCAUUCCCACACUCUGCACCCACUCCUGCACCCAUUCCCACACCCUGCACCCAUUCCCACUCUGCACCCCCUCCAAGUCCCUCCACCCACUCCAGGAUGCUGCGCCCACCCCGGGGCUCAAUAAAGCUGCUUCUCCCGCUUCCAGGCAUUUAUUCCCCCGGGGAAGAGCCGUGGGAGGCGGAGGGAGGGGGGGGUGACACCGUCCCCUCGGUGCCCUCGAUCCCAGCUCGGAGCGGUCCGGUCCGAGUUGGACCCGUCGCGACGGGCGGGAUUCGAACCCGCGACCCCCGGGGCUGCGAGGGGCAGGGCUCCAGGCCUGGCCACGCCCCCCAGGCCGCGGGCAGCCAAUGGCAGCGCGCCCUGCCCGGGGGAGCCACGCCCCCCAGGCCCGGCCCAGGCGCGACGGAGCGGCCGAGAGGAGCCGAGCGGGGCCGAAGGGAGCCGAACCGGGACCGAGCGGGGCCGAAGGGAGCCGAACCGGGACCGAGCGGGGCCGAACCGGGACCGAGCGGGGCCGAAGGGAGCCGAACCGGGACCGAGCGGGGCCGAACCGGGACCGAGCGGGGCCCAAGGGAGCUGAACCGGGGCCGAACGGGGCCGAACCGGGACCCAGCGGGGCCCAACCAGGACCCAGCAGAGCCGAACGGGG